AUGCCCUUGUUCAGCAGGAAGCCCAAGUCUCCUGCCCAGCAUCCUUCGCCUGUCUUCCCGUCUUCCGACUCUCUGUCUGCCGACGCCCAACAACCCCAGCCCGACGAACCAUACGCGCGCUACCCCACCGACAUUGACGCCGCAUACGAGGACAGGCUGGCCCCUUCCACCCCGAGGACCACUGUCGACCUUGUCUUGCCGUCACCUCCUUUGCAGCGUUCUCUCAGCCAGACCCAGCCCCACUUGAAGGAUCGCGACCGCCCGACCAGCACUGUUGUCGCCCCUGACCACGCCCAGCCUCGUCGCCUCACAAAGCAUCGUCCUCCAUCCGCUCUUCUAGGGCGCAGUGUGACCGUCAGCGUUCGAGGCAAACGGAUUUCACAUCCGAUUUCGCUUCCAACCUCCCCGCGUUUCCCUCCUUCACCCUCCCCUCCCUUUGACGAGGACCAAAGCGAGCAUUCUAUGCCACCACACGGCCGUUCACUUGAGGCCACGCAAGUUUAUGAGCCCCGAAGUACAAACGCAAUCCCCGCAAUCCCCCCGGCGCUCCACCGCUCCAGCACCGACCCAACGCUGCUCGAGCAAUUGCGCCGCCCGUCCCCAAUCAAGUCGGACCUCGAACGCCACCCAGCUCACCGGCAGGACCCUCCAACCCUGAGUGCACGGUCCCCUUCCCGGCAGACUCCCGAGCCCGCUUCCCCGUUACGGACAGUGUUGGACGAGCGGCGCGCGGGCACGCCUUCGCAGGACUCGGGUCGUCGCGCCAGCGUAAAUCCCACGAUGCCAACAGAGGCGGACCGCAGAACGCCCACCAACGUGAAUGCCAAUUCGUCCAACGCGAGCCGGAGUCGUGAGGACAUUUCGGAGCUGGAUGUUCGUGCUCUAAUACAGAAACACGACGAACUGCAGGCCAAAUACUCCAAGGUCAAACGGUACUACUUCGACAAGGAAGCGCAAGUGCAGCACCUCCAGAACACAGUGGCGCACCAGCGCAUGGCGGUGUCGCGUACCGUGCUGGACGACAACGAGUACACCAACCGAUUCCAGCGGCUGGACGGCGCAAUCAAGGACCUUGCCUUCUCGGUGCGCAAGGAAUGGUGCGGUAUCCCGCACUGGCUGCACGGCUAUGUCACUGAAGAUGCGGUGGACAAAGGAGCGAAAGAAAUGACGGCGUUGGGACGCGCCGUGAUCAGCCGAUGGCUGGUGGAGGAGGUGUUCCAGCGACAUUUCCACCCGGCUCUGGAGCCGAAUCUGAGUCUGCAGCUGAAGAGCCUCGAGAUGAACCUGCGGCGACAGGCGACGCAUGCGCAGUCGGAAGAGGAACGCGAGAACAUGGCGGCGCGACUGGCCAACUGGCGCCGCACAACUUUUGACGGUCUGGGUGAUUCUCUCGUUGGCCCUGCAGCCGAAGCCCACCGUGCCGAUCUUGUCGAACAUCUGGUCGCGCAGCUUACUUCUUUCCUCAGUGGACAACUGCACGAAUCCGGCCUACCGGGUUUGGAGGCGGGUGUGCGCAUGAUCAUCGAGAACACGAUCAAUAUCGCCGAGAAGAUCCCGCUCGAAGCCCGCGACGUGUGCGUCGAGUAUUUUCCUCCUGGGGCGCCCACUCAAGACGCGUACAUGAAGAUCGAGACCGGUCUGCCGCCGCUGGCGCACAUCCCGCAGGCCCCGUCCCUGUCCGUGGAGCAAGAACACGAGGAACACAAUGCUACAGGUGCACCAGUGGAAGCCGAUUCGUCAUCUGGAUCAAACUCGAACUCUGGAGCAGUCGCCGGAGACCCUGCCUCGCCUGCGCACCCUCACCGCAAGAAACCAUCCAUGCUCGGGGCGUUAAUGGGCCACCGCAAGCCGGCUGGCGGGCAGAGUGGUCGAUCUGCGACUGAGUCGGACGACAAGGCCGAGAGUCCCCCGCGCAUUCGGUUUGCGGGCUUUGUUGCCGUCGAGGUGCGCAAUAAGGGGCCUUUGAUGAAUGUGUUGGCUAAGGCUCCGGUGUGGUUACUCGAGUAG